AUGUUGCGUGUGAAGGGCAAAAUUCGGGGGCAAGUGGGCCCCCUCAGGAGGCACUACACGAACAACAGCCGUGGAAUGUUGAAGGAGUACGUUUACACAAAGUAUCGUAUAAGUCUGCCACACAUUAGCAAUGUAAAGUAUGACGACUUGUAUCUCUCUCAACCGAGCAAAGAUGAACUCUAUACAUUCACCAAGAAGGUUCCCAUAUUUCUGCGUUACUUAAAGUUGAUAACCUCAAUGGAAAAUCGGAAUGACGACUUUGUACAGUUCGCCAAGAGAUGCGAAAGUGGACUCACAACAGAAAAGGAUAUCUACCUAACGAAGCAGGAAUUACUAGAUGUUAUGUUCGUAAACGGAUACUCGAAAAAAGAAAUAAACGCACUAGAUUUAGCAUUUACAAAUACCUAUGAAUUCCAUUAUCCAGAAAUUGCCGCCUUGUUCAAAUUGGAAGAAGAAGAUGUAUACAAAUUUUGCCUGAAAAAGAGGAGUGAAAAUCCAGAGAAAUUAUUUCACUUGAAAUUUCUGAAAGAGAAAAAUAUGCUAUCAUCAUAUGGCCUUAUAUUUGUUUUCCUGUACUUUGGCCUAAAUAACGUCGUGUUGAGUAACGCUUGGUUUUUAUCCAAGACCAUCCCCUUCUUUUCCGUCUUCUACAUGCUAGCUUCUCAUUUUUAUAAAGACAUUUGGAACUUUUUAAAUAAAGAAAAGAAACUGAUGAUAGAACAAAAUGAGGAGAAGAAACUCGCCGCAGAGGAAAUUUUAUAUAACCAACUGAAACUGUACUCGAAGGAUACGGAGUGCAGUGCCAACCUCACGCACUUCAAACAAUACUGUAGUGAACUCAUUAAGAAUUACAGACGAGCCUACAUAAAUGAAGAAAGGAAAAGAAUUCACGAUCAGCUGGAAAAAAAACUGAACGAAAUAUACAACGCAGAAAUCAAGUAUAAAAACUCACUUCAGCAAAUCCUUGUUCAAGAAAUACUUAAAAUGACAUAUCAAAAAGUGGAGAGCGACCCCAACUUUUAUAACUCCAUCCUUCAUGAUAGUAUCAACAAUAUUAAGGGAAUUACGAAAGACGACACCCUAAUAAAACACGUACAGAAACAGUUAAGUUUUGUCAAAGAACUAGACAAACAAAACCCCCUUGUUAAAAAUAUCCUUGCCCAGUAUGAACUUACCAAGGAAGGAUAUGUAAACCAAUUCGUGGUUCACAAGGAGGAAGCCAACAAAGUCAAGGCCAUCAUUUCGAAGUGUGGACUUGAUUUGAACAAAUUGAAUAAAGAAGACUACGGAGAACUCCUCAAAUUGUACGUUGCUAUAAAUAACCGCUUUGGUUUCUACACUAAUGAGGAGGAAAUCUCUGGCAUCGUGCCUCGGGACGAGGAGUCCAAACACACCGCGGACAGCGUCAACCGGGCCAUCGCCGAAGCCAACCGCCAGGCGCGCGAGCGCAAUUUGGUUGCCUUCAUGCAGGCCUUCCAGUAG